AAGUUAGCAUUGCCAUUAUCAACAAAAUAUGGGGCGUGGCUCCUCAUGUUCAUGUGUUGUUGUCCUCAAAAUAGAUCAUUACAGCAUGAUCCGAAUUGGGACGUGUGCCUUUUUGUUGUGAAUACACGCACGUACCGGUAUGUAUAAAGAGAGGAGAGCUGAGAAGAUUGGAGUCAAUGCGGAAAUCCCAUCAUAUUGCCUGUGUGUUGUGUCGCUGGGCCUAGCCUGUGUACCGUAGUUGUUUUUGCCUCUUCCGCGAUGUUUGCUUCCUCUUUCAUUCUUUGGCUGAAUCGGGAAAAAAAGGAGAUAAUUCAGGAUAAGUGCUAAGUAGAUCAGAUCUAGAUCUAUUUCAAGAAAGUCCUGGCAUUGGGUUGGCUUGUCUAAAUAAAGUCAUAGAUCGACUACAGCAGUACAGAGUCAGAGGUAAUUGAGAAUGCAGAAUAUAAAGCUGUUGGUGGUUGGUGAUGGCGCUGUGGGGAAGAGCUGUCUUUUCAUCUCGUACACAACAAACAGCUUCCCAAAUGACUAUGUCCCUACCGUCUUUGAUAACUACUCGGCUAAUGUGAUGGUCAAUGGUGUACCUUAUAAUCUAGGGCUUUGGGACACAGCUGGUCAGGAAGAUUAUGAUCGCUUGAGACCUCUAUCCUACCCAGGGACAGAUAUCUUCCUUAUUUGCUAUUCAGUGGACAGAAGGGCUUCCUUUGAAAAUGUUGAAGAAAAAUGGUACCCAGAACUAACCCAUUAUCUCCCUAAUACACCAAUUCUUCUUGUUGCAACAAAGAUUGAUCUUCGUGGAUCAAACACUGGUGGACAGUUUGUUAGUUUUGAUGAAGGAGCUAGACUGGCAGCAAAAUUGAACUGUGGCUUUGCAGAGACCAGUGCACUCACGCAGAGUGGAUUGAAAGAAUGCUUUGAUAGAGCUAUUGAACUUGCUGCUAAUUAUUCAUCGAUGCAGAAGAAAAAAGGUUUCUUUUCAUUAGGGGGAAAGAGCAAGAAGGUCAUUCCUCUGCCUCCUGUUAUGCCUCCAACAGGUCUAGCACCAUGGAUUGAAAUCAAGACAUCUACCUUGGGAACAGAUAUGUCAAGUAUCCUUGAUGACCCAUCUGAAACAGACGUAGUCUUCCAUUUAGACGAUGGCAAGAGUCAUUCAGCUCACAGAUUUGUUCUGUGUAGUGCAUCAGAUUUCUUCUGUAGGUUAUUUGAGCAGAAGCUACCAAAGGAUCAACAAGAGGACAGAGCGGUACGUGUUCCUGCCUUUACCUGGGAUGAGAUCAAUAGUGGUAGUAUUGCAGGUCUGUCUAGCAUCAAGCAAGCAGAAGAAGGGGUUGGGCACCAAAUUGAUGUUUGUCUCUCUGCUGAUAUCUCCUCACAGACAUUCACACAUGUAUUGAGAUUCCUCUAUGCAGGUAUUCCUAACAUCGAUGAAGACACUCCAGAAACUGAAUUAGAAGCUCUCUUGAAGGCAGCAGACACCUUUUAUCUCCCAAGACUCCGGGAGAUCAUCAAUAACAUCCAAAAUAGUGAGGAGUUUCUUAACCCCAGCAUUGGCACAUACCUUAAUGACCUUACAGGUCAGAGGUCAAAAGAGUUGUUCUUCAAGAAGCCUUUAUUUUCAGAUGUACAAUUUGAAGUGGAAGGUCAGACCAUAUAUGCUCACAAAGCCAUCUUGAAAGCUCGUUGUGCUGUCAUGGCAGGGAUGUUCAGUGGUGUCUUUGCAGAAAGUUCAACAAGUAAGAUCCCAAUUCUUGAAACCAGCAUGGAAUGUUUUACAGCAAUCUUAGAAUACAUCUAUACUGACCAUGCCCCUAUAGAGGAGGGUGAUGCUGUUGGUAUCUUAGUAACAGCUGAAAGGUUUGCUCAAGACAGACUCAAGAAUCUUUGUGAACUCUACAUCACCAAGGAAGUGGAUGUUAGUGUUAGAGAUCAGAUUGAGAAAGCAGAUAUUGAUGUCAUUGGUCUCCUUCACACAGCACAGGUAAAUGAACUUUUUGAAUCAAGUUCUUACAAGAAUCUAAGGUGGUAUUCUGAAAAUGUUCUUAUCUUUUAUCUUAUCUCAUUGAGAUAAGAAGACACUAAAAUCAUUGCAUAUCGGUAUUCCGAAAAUCUUCUGAAUGCGUUCUUAUCUCUGUUAGGACUGCCCCUUUCUUCUGUUUUUUAGAUAUUACCAAACAAAAUGCACUUUAUAUUGGCAGUUUAACCAAUAGAAGCGUUCCAUAUGUCAAGAGAAUAUCAUGGGCACUGCGUGUACACUAUUUUCUGGUGCAUUGGGCGAAAUUGGCAUUUUAUACGCAAUGACUGAUUUUUUAGCUCAUGCGCUUAUGCCAUGGCAUAAUUUCAAAAUGCUUCUUCUUUGUCAUUUCAAGUCUGAUUUCAAUUCUGUUUGCUUUAUAUUAUAGCACUAGGUUGGGGAUUAAAAACUUCUACACAGAAUUUUGAAAUUCAUUAAAUAUGCUAAUUUAUGCGCAUUUUUCAAAAUUCACAAAAAUGCUUCUUCUUUAUUUGUUGAUCGAUUGAGAUUUUUUGCUUCCAUCUGGUAGAGCUUCAUGAGGUUCAGCAAACUUUUGCACAGAAUUUUAAAAUUUUGACUAGAAAAUUUUUUAUGAUAAUUUAUGCAAAAUCAAUUUAUGCAUAUCUUUCAAAAUUCACAUAAAAUGCUUCUUCUUUAUUUGUUGACUGAUUUUGAUUUUUUUGUCCAUCUGGUAGAGCUUCAUGAGGUUCACCAAACUUUUACACAAAAUUUUUGAAAUUUUGACUACAAAAAUUUUUUAUGCUUAUUUAUGCAAAAUUUAUUCAUAAAUCACAGAAAAUGCCUCUUUUUCUUUAUUUGUUGACCGAUUCUGAUUUUUUCUCUUCCAUCUGGUAGAGCUGCAUAAGGUUCAUUAAACUUUUACACAGAAUUUUGAAACUCAUUAAAUAUUCUUAUUUAUGCACAUUUGUCAAAACUCACAAAAAAUGCUUCUUAUUUAUUUGUUGACCGAUUUGAUUUUUUUUUUGUUCCAUCUGAGAGCUACAUGAGGUUCACCAAGGUUCUAAACAGAAUUUAGACAUUUUGACUAGAGAAUUAUGCUAAUUUAUACGAAAUAUAUUCAUAGAUCACAAAAAUUGCUUCUUCUCUGUCAUUUCUUCCAGAAUUUUCUUCAUCAAUUUAAAUUCUGUUUCCUCAAUUUAUGUCACCAAUAUAAUUCAUUACAGUGUCAACUGGGCUGAAAUUAUUUCUUUGCGAGAAGCCGAAUGAGCACCACAUUAUUGAUGUGCUAGUUUUAUUUCUUGACAUGUGCACAAAAUUAAUAAAGAAAGAAAGUAAAGAAAGAGAUUAAAA